AUGAGAAAGGAGAUGGACGAGCUGAGGAGUGCAAUCAAGGAAAAAACAGAUCGAAGCUUGGACAGGAUGGUCAGGAGGACAAAUUCGCCCUUUACCACGGCAGUCCUAGAAUGCUUGAUGCCCUCAAAGUUUCGUCUAUCACAGCUCGAGCCAUUUGAUGGGCUAAAGGACCUUUUAGAUCACCUCAACACCUUCAAGACAAAUCUGGGUCUUCAGCAGCCCCUUAACGAGAUAUUGUGCCAUUCUUUCCCCACCGCUCUCAAAGGAGCGGCGAAGGAAUGGUUCACUAAGUUACCAACGUCGUCCAUUGACAACUUCGAACAGUUAGGCAAUUCCUUCUUACACCACUUCGUCGGUGGACAACACCCGAAAAGGCUGGCAGACCACCUUCUUACCAUUAGGCAAGGAGAAAAAGAGAACAUGAGGUUAUACGUGAAGCGUUUCACUCAAGAAACUUUAGAGGUGGACGAAGUGGAUGACAAAGUAUGGCUAAUGACCUUUAAAGCCGGAUUGAAGUCUAGGGAGUUCGUGGUCUCACUUGUGAAGAGUCCCUAUCGGACGAUGGUGGAAAUGCUUUUGAAGGCACAGAAGUACAUGAGCGUCGAGGAUGCCCUAGCAGCAAUAGAAGAUGUAAAGAAGCUCAAUAAGAGGGAAAGAAAGGAAGAUGACUGGAGAGGACGAAAAAGAGAGCGAACAGAUCGUCAAAAUACUGACGGGAACAAAUGGAAAGAUGAUAAAACCCCUCGAAUGAUAAAAUUCACUCCUUUAGUUAUGCUCAUUGAUAAAAUUUUGGCGCAGAUUAAAGAUGAGCACUACCUCAAAUGCCCAAGGCCAUUACACUCGUCACCUAAUGUGUGUGACAAGAAGAAAUAUUGUCGUUUCCACAAGGAUCACAGCCAUUACACAUAA